AGAUAGAAAAAAACAUAGAAAGACAAAAGAAAGGAGAACGUGAAAAAGUUUUGUCAACAUUAUUUUCAUUGAUAAAAAAAAUUUGAUAAAAUUAAUAUAUACGCUGAAAAAAUACAAUAAAAAAUUCAAUACAAUCACACGCACAAUAACAUAAAACGCAUUUAAUUUUUGUUCAUAAAAUUAAUUUUCCUUCAAUUGAAGGUCAAUUUUAAGUUAAUUUUUAUUAUUUUGGUUUCAGUUUUUGAUUUUUUUAACAAAAUUCUUCACGAUUUUUCGACCAAUGGACGAAUCCGAACUAUUGUUUAAUCUCUUUUAUCUACUCCUAUGCAUGUGCAUCAUCUAUCCACCCGAGGAAUUUCAACGUUUGGGUCUAACCAUUGAACAACUUUUCUCCCGUUGGUUGGGUGAGGAGCAUCUGAAUUUUGUACGUUAUCAUCAGAAACGCACCUCUCUGAAUCUCUUCAUACACAGCUGUCUGCCGGCCGUCUAUUUUCUCAUACAUCGUUUUAAGUUUUCCGUUUUUACGGAAUACAAUGCCGAUGUCGAGGAAGAGUCUGAAUUGGAUCCCGAUUUUCCUAUGCCUCAGGAAGCGGUAGCCUUUAAGACUCUCACCUGGAAGGUGGCACAACGUUUUAGUUUAAUGGCCGUUUUAGCGGUGCCAGCCUUGAUAUUCAAUUGGUAUCAACAGAAUUGGAAAAGACAUCCCAUUACUCAGACUCUGCAGAAAUUUUCAAAUGUGCCAAAUAGCACUGCGAAUGUUAUUUCGGAUAUUGGCAAUGAGUUUAGAAGGCAGGAUAUUUAUAAGAAAAAACUCAAUUCAAUAUCAACUGUAAUUGCCACUGAAAAUUGGAUUAUUAAAACUACUUUGUAUAAUGUACAUUUUGCUCAUCAAAGUGAUACGGCGCUCAGUGUGGCCAAGACCGAAACCUAUACCGUUUCACAGGACAAUAACGACACCCUACAAAUGGUUAGCAUUAUGGUUAAGACAAAUCGUGCUGGUGUAGCCGACUUUCAUAUACGCAUAAAUGCCUUAGAAUUUCGUAAUCUCGAAGAACGUAUAACACGACCAAUUUUAAUACCAUCCAACAUACAAUUUCAUCGUAAUGUCAUCGAUCGUUUUAUCGAUGUUUUCAAACAACAAGUCAGUCAUAAUCCCAUCUAUAAGGCCGAUCGUAUAACGGAAAAAUGUUUUGCCUGCAUGAUAGCCGAACCAAAUAUAAAAAUACACAAACAAUGUGAGGAUAUAGAUCGUGCGGGUAGACCUUUGGUACAAGAUCAAUGUUGUACAAAUUGCUAUUGUCGGCCCAUGUGGUGUGUAGAGUGUUUGGCUCGUUGGUUUGCCGCCCGACAAAAUGAACAUGAACGUGAAGUUUGGCUGGAGCAGAAAUGUACAUGUCCCAUGUGUCGUGCCAAAUUUUGUGUUCUAGAUGUUAGUUAUAUAGAGAGAACCGUAGGGAAUGAAGCGAAUAAUGAUAAUAACGACAAUAUAGAUAAUGAAAAUCAAGCGUGAUUAUAGUUUUAGUCUACUGUUUUAUUGAUUUUUUGUUUUGUUUUCAUUAAAAAAAAAAAAAAAUACUUAAAGAACUGUGUUCAACUAACUUUUGCAUAUAAAUUUACAAAACUAUUGAAAUUAUUUAAAUAACUAAUUAUUACUUACCAGAUUUUUCUUUAAAUAAAGUUUAGUUCAUAAAAUGAAUUAAGUUUUUCUAUAAACAUGCAACUAAUUUAAGUUUUUGUACUGAAAUCUAUAUUGUUAUCUAAUAUAAAAGAAACAGCUAUUUUAAAAUGUUUUUUUUUUUUAUUUUAUUAGUUUAAAUUUUCUUUUUUUUAUACAUAUAUAUACUCUUAACUAAUAAUUUAUAUAUGUAGCUAUAAAUACUUGUAUUUAUGUAAUAGUGUCUUUCUUUUUUCUUAAAUAUUAAAGUUUUAUUUAUAAAGUAUUGCCUAAAUUACUAUGGAAA